AUGUCGGACAUCGUCUUUGAACAGGUUGUUUAUCACAUCUCCGAAACCCUCGACGUCCAGAAACGCGAGCAGCUCUCCCAGGUCCUCGACGCGCGCGGGGCACAGAAAGCCGAAGAUGUCACCGACCCUGACCUCACCCACUUCAUAACAUCGUCUUUGCCCCUCGAAGACUUCGUGGAACAGCUCCCCCCACAUUCUCGUGCGCAUACAGUCACCCCACUAUGGGUCGAACGCUCCUUUGUCCUCGGCUCCCAGCAAGACCCCGAGUUCUUCUCCGCCGACCCCGCCUACCUCUUCUCUGGCGUCACCGCGACUGCGACAGACCUCUCGGCGGCCGACUGCGAGCUCAUGUCGGCCGCGAUCACCGCCAUGGGUGGCCAAUGGCGCACGGCCCUCACCCGCGACGUCACCCACCUCUUCGCGCUCGCAAAGGGGAGCGCAAAGUACGAAACGGCGAUGCACUACCGCGAACAGAUGAACGUUUGUGUCCUCGUCCCCCACUGGUUCGACGACACCGUCCGGCUCGGCAUCCGCGACCUCCCCACGCGCAAAUACGAGUGGCCCGAGCCUGCGGUCUUCGGCCAGCGACUGGAGGGCCGAACUUCUCAAGAGGACGUCGACUACGAGCCUACGAAGGAGCGGAUGAUGCUGUACGACACGGUCGAUGUCGGCCGACGACCACAAGAAGAUGCGACCGGCGGAAGGGAAGUCACGAAGGCGGCGGGACGCGUGCAAGAGGAGUUGGCGAAGAUGGAGGAGACGGACAUAUACGUGACGCGGUAUCGGACAGGAGCGGCGUAUGCUAAGGCAUACAAGCUCGAGAAGACGAUCGGCACGCUCGCGUGGUUGUGGUAUGUCCGUGCCUCUGGCAAGCUAUCGAGGCCGGCAGACCAGCUUCUGCACUAUCCUAUCCCCGACUCGCCGGCAAGCGGCUUCGAGAAAGAGGUGGUCACCGUCACCAACUACACAGGGAAGGACCGGGAAUAUCUGAAGAAGCUCAUCACUCUCAUGGGGGGAGAGUUCACGGCGUCCAUGUCCGCGGAGAAGAACAGUAUCGUCGUGGCUGCAUAUUUGCAGGGGACGAAAACGGACAAGGCGGCAUCAUGGUCUAUCCCUAUCGUCAACCACACCUGGGUUGAAGAUGCUUCAUUCAAUGGCGACGCUCACCCUGCUCGCGACAAGUACAUCCUGUUCCUCCUGGCGUCGACUUCAGCGUCGUUUUGGCACAGCGGGGCUAGGCAAGAUCGCAUGGGAGCCAGUCCACGAAAGCAGAAGAACCACAAGGCCCGAGACGACUUGCGACCAGUCGGAACGCUGCAGAGCGUGGGUGAGGUCGAAGAUGCAAUCGCGAUGGACGAAGGCGCGGACAUGGAUGUGGACCCGACCAAUCGGCCAUGGAUCAAACCGUCACCAAGAAGUCGCCAGCGAAACCUGGUGAAGAGGAAGCUUGUCCGGAGGGUCUCCCGAAAGCCUGAGAACGACUCAGAAGAGCAACGUCCCACCACUCCCGACACGUCUCCCAAGAGGCCCUCACGAACAACGAAGCCGCAAAGGCUGCCCCCGCGGACUCGACUGGAGUCGCCCACCACGUCCAGGAAGCUUCAGACCGCACGUCGAAAGGUCCUGCCUCGCGAUGAAGAGAGCUCCGCCGAAGAAGAAGUUCCGAAGACGAAGUCCAAGGCCAGAGCCAAGCCAGCAGCCCCCGCACCCUCGACCGAAAACAAGGAACAGGUCUCUACGAAGAAGCAUAAGGUCGUUCACCCUCCCAGCGACUCAGACUCGGACUUCCCGAUGACCUCCGCUCUGUCUCGGCGACCUGCUGUCGAACAACAAGGGCAAGGCACGCGAAAAGCCUGCGCCGAAGAAGCGCGACGCCGACCCUGCCGUUGCCGACGGCCACGACUCCCUCCCAUACGCAGCGAAAAGGCAAAACGAAGGCACCCACGACUUUCAAGGUGGGACCUCCGAAGGCCGCACCGAAAGCGUCAGCGUCGAGACACCGGCCCUCGCAAGAUCAAGAAGACGGCGGCGCUGGAGGCGGAGAAAGAGCAUGGUGAUCAUGCGUCCACAACAGAGAGCCCUUACAAGGUCGGACGGACGCCACGGGGGGCCGCGACGAAGGCCGCGCAGAAGCUGCACGAUGUCGUGAUGCCGGACGUGCUCUCGUACCAGAAGGAAGUUAAGAGCGGGACGGUGCGUGCCACCCACGAACGCGACGGCGGAGCAUCAACGUCGUUGCCGGCCAAGGGCAAGAAGCGCCCCUCGAUGGGAUCGGCAGGCCCGGAGAGUGAAGAGGAGGAUGAGAUUGCACAACCGGAGAAGAAGAAGCGGAAGGCGGGUGAGGUGGAGAACGGUGGUGCGGCGCCGGGGAAGGGGAAGAGGAGGAGGAAGUCGGGCACGGAUGCGGAUGCGACGCGCAGUGAGGAUGAGCAACCCGCCCCAAAGGCCGCGCAGGCCGUGCGGGUCAUGACACAGCUGGUUCUAGGAGACGACGUGACUAAGGUGGGCUACGUCGUCAGCUGCGAGCAAGAAGCUGCUCGCGAGGACCAGUUCGCGGUCAAAGACGGGGACACGGAGAAGAAGUACGACUUCAAGCUCACAGACGCGCUGACUCUCUACCCAGUCGCCUACGGUGCGGAUCUUGGACGGACACGACAAUCGCUUCGUGAUCUCGAGCCCCGGAGAUGUGUCGAUCUGGCGGCCCUCGUGAAGCACCAUCCCAUCUACAACCAGGAGCUCAUUCUCACCAAACCAGGCUCCACUGAUUGGACUUCGAAGUUCGAAUCUAGUCGAACCACUUCAUUUCCGCUGUUGGCCAGCCGCCUCAUAUACAUAUUCACAAACUCCGGAACAUCAAGCAGAGUCAAUGACCAAUCCGCCGGCGGUAAACGGGAAUCCAUGUAUGACUAA